UUCAAACUCUCUCUCUCUCUCCCUCUCUCUUUCCGCGUAAACAUUCUGAUACGAAAUACGAUGAAUUCUGAAGCAGGUGGAAGUUCCAUUGAUUUAUGGUCAGAAAUCGUCGCCACUGAAAACCAACAACAACUACAGCCGCAACAAGUUGGAGAUAUUUAUAGAAGGAGAAGACCCCAGAAAAACCCUCAAGAUUUAGACUUGAGGCAGUCAGGUUCUCGUCGAAACGGGAACCGGGUGAGUUUGGCCGCCCCCAAGCGAGUUAGUUGGAACCGCUCACUUUCCACCAGAGGAAGGACAAGUAUUGCUGUUGGCGCUUGUGUGGAUUAUCAGCCUCAACUGAAGGAGGCAAAGAGAAAAGGAAAACCUGCUCUACCCAAAGGAAAAUUUGUACAACCUCCAACCUUUGAGAAGGAGAGGACAUACUUUCAAGAGGUUGAUGCCUUUGAGUUGUUGGAGGAGAGCCCGUCACCCAAGAACUUUGGUACAUGGGCCAUGGGCACUCAAAGCAACAAUAUUGCAAUACCGCAUUUGUCCUCAAGAUUAGAGAAAUGGCUAAUUUCCAAGAAACUAAAUCAUAGUUGUGGACGUUCCACCACACUGUCGAAGAUAUUAGAAACUCCAGCCAUGCCCUUGGAAUCUAUAUAUGGCGAUGAUUUUGAACCUUUGAAUUUGAGAACUCCAGAAAAAUCUUCUGUGAAGACUGAUUCACAGUUGCUUUCGAUCAAUAGCAGAUUUAAUUCAAUAUUAGUCGAUAAAGAUGUGCUUGAGAGGGAAAAAAAUUCACAAAAGAGAAAUGCAGUAUCAGUGAGUGAGGGUCAUGAGGAUUGUGAACAUCUAGAAGUUGCUGUUAAGAAACUCUCCCUGACGUCAACAACAGCUUCAUUGGAUCAUGAUCAGUUAGAUCCAUUUGCCGCAUUAUUAGCAGUUUGUGGACAGUCAUCUCCUUCAACACUAAAGAAUGCAUUCUCCAAAUAUUGUGAACUGGAAAAUAUCAUUAAAAUUGGUGAAGGUACUUUUGGAGAAGCUUUUAAAGCUGGUGACUAUGUCUGCAAAAUAGUUCCCAUUGAUGGAGACUUACGAGUGAACGGGGAAGUGCAGAAGAGAUCAGAAGAAUUGCUUGAGGAGGUCAUUCUUUCUCGAACUCUUAAUUGUUUAAGAGGAGAUGAUGGGGAUGUUUAUAACUCAUGCACGACAUUCAUAGAAACAAUAGAUUUAAAGGUAUGCCAAGGCUCUUAUGAUGCUGCAUUGAUCAAAGCUUGGGAAGAUUGGGAUGAGAGACAUGGUUCAGAAAAUGAUCACCCUAAGGCGUUUCCAGAGAAACAGUGCUACGUCGUAUUUGUUUUAGAGCAUGGAGGCAAAGAUCUUGAAAGCUUUGUGCUUUUGAACUUUGAUGAGGCACGGAGUUUAUUGGUACAGGUUACAGCUGCAUUGGCUGUGGCUGAAGCUGCAUAUGAAUUUGAACACCGAGAUCUGCACUGGGGAAACAUACUUUUAAGCCGGAAGGAUUCUGAAACAUUGCAGUUCACUCUCGAGGGGAAGCAUAUGUUUGUCAGAACAUUUGGAUUGUUGAUAUCAAUAAUUGACUUUACUCUUUCAAGAAUCAAUACUGGUGAAGAUAUACUCUUUUUAGACCUAUCCUCAGAUCCCUAUCUCUUCAAAGGUCCAAAAGGAGAUAGACAAUCAGAAACAUAUCGAAAAAUGAAGGAGGUAACAGAUGAUUGCUGGGAGGGAAGUUUUCCUAGAACGAAUGUGUUAUGGCUGCUGUACUUGGUGGACAUAUUACUCCUGAAGAAGUCAUUUGAACGCACUUCAAAAGAUGAGAGAGAUUUGCGCUCCCUGAAGAAGCGUCUAGACAAGUAUCAUUCCGCCAAAGAAGCAAUUUUUGAUCCUUUCUUCAGUGACUUAACUGUUGAUCAUGGCAUGUGAGUGAUAAGUGGAGAAGCAAAAAAAGAGAAAAAAGAUGGUCUUUAUCUUGUAAAUAUUUAGCAGGAAGGGGAGCAGGUGAUCAUUUCUAAAACCUGCUUUCUCUUCAACGUUUUGUGAAAUUUAUGCUAAUAUAACUUUGAAAGGAUAUGACUCUAACAAAAACAGUUGGGACAACUUAAUGGCCACGCUAAUUACCAUGGCUCAUUUUGCUAGUGAAUUGUAUUGGGUAUG